UUGUUCGAUCGCACGAUAGACUGUUGCUUACAUGCUUGAUCCUUAUAGGUCGCAGCCUGAGUUGGCUGGCAAGAUCACCGGCAUGCUGCUGGAGAUGGACAAUGCCGAGCUUAUCCAUCUGCUCGAGAACACCGAUUCGAUGACCUUCAAAGUCAACGAGGCCCUCGCUGUUCUGCACGAGUUCCAGGCGAAGGAUGAGAGCAAGUAAGGGUGCUGUAUGUCGCGAUGUCGCGUUUGUUGCUGCGUGGUGGGGUGUCGCGCGUUACGCUGCUGUGUUGUCGUUGUUGUCGCGUUGUGUUGUGUUGUGUUGUGUGGUCGCUGCUGCGGUUGUGGUCGAGUCGUCGUCCCAUUCCUCCUUGCUCUGUUCGCCCAUGUCCUAUAGCUAGCGGGGUCUGUGGUGGUCGUUCCUUUGUGUGUACUUUUAUCUCAGGAACAGGAGAGUCGACUUGCUGCAUAUAUUGUGUGAUGUGUGAGGCCCUCCGCUCGAUUCGCAAUCGGCAAGCCUGGGGACGUUGAAAGGAAAGAUUCAUGGCUCUCUGUACGCGGAGCCUGUAUAAGGGGAAACGGAAAUCCA